UUUUUUUUUCUUUAUCUAUUUAUCUAUCUAUCUAUCUACAAAUAUACAUAUACACAUAUAUAAAAUAAUAAUGACAAUGAAAGGCUGUAUUCCAUGCAUAAAUGUUAAGCAUGCAACCCUUAUUAAUAAUUGUUAUCCACCAUUAAAAGAAAACAGUACAAUACCUCGUUCUUCUGACUUAAGUUAUCUUACUUUUUAUGCAAGUUCAAGACCUGCAAAAUUAACUAAAGUCGGCUCUUUUCUUCAAAAAAAAGUUGAAAAAAGUAUUCGAAAGGGAAGAAAAAGUCAAAAUCUUGUUACUUUACACAUAAUUAAAGCUCUAAUUCAAACUUGUCAUCGAGACUUGAACAUUUUCUCAAAAUACAUUGUCAAGAUUUUAAAUCAAUUACUUGAUACAAGAGAUUUAGAAAUUAUAGAUCUUAGUUGUGAAACUUUUAUUAUAUUUUGUAGUUAUCAUGAUGGUACAACGUUAAGUGUAGAUUCAGAGCUGACAACAGAUUACGAAAAUCUUUUAAGAAAGUUUGCAGUCUUUUGUAAUUAUAUGAAUGAAGAUUCUGCAUUAUCAUUAAAAAUGCGAUAUAUUGGGCAUCGAGCUAUUCAAGCAGCUGUAACAUCUAGCGCUUUAUUAGCUUCUAACUUUAAAAUACAAUUAGACAUUAUAUUUCCCUCGUUAAUUAUGACUCUUGCUUCUUCUCGAAUAUCACUCGAAAAAGUAGAAACAAGUGGUUCCAUCGAUAUAAGACAUUCAGCAAUAAACAACAAUAAAAUAAAUGAUCAAGUAAAUGAAUUAUUGGCUACACAUACAAUAACCCUUUUAUUCAGUAAGAUAACAGGGCCCUUGAUUCGAAUUUCAUUAACUCCUUUAUUUAAAUAUUUAAAUGAAAAUCAUAAAUGGUGGCCUCCUCAUUUAAUAGUUAAGAUUAUAAAAAUAUCUUUAAAUUCAGUACAGUCUCAAUAUCGAUAUUUAUUAGUGUCUGACUUGAUGACUCAAUUGGAAUUAACUGGAGAUAUGACUUUGAACGAUAAACAUGCUUCCUUAAUUUCAGUUCUAGAUAUGAUUUUGAAUGCAGAUGUUCCUCUUGUUGGCAUAUCUGUAUUGGAAAUCUUAAAUUCACUUUUCAACUUUCUCAUUAAAACUACUCAAAAUCAGUCAUUUAAUCCAUAUAAACAAGAUGAUGACGAUAAGACACAUGUCGGUUUAAUCCAGUAUAAAACUGUUUGUUCAAUUGCGGGUUUAGCAUCUCAGAUCUACUAUGAAAAUCAAUUAAACGAUAUUAUCGAUUAUUUAGUAUCCAAGUUAAGGCCUAAUACUUCGUUAGAAUAUGUGGAUGAUUUGUUACUUUAUGAUUAUCGAUUUAUUGUUUUCAGUUGUUUGGAACAAACUAUAGUCGUUCCAAAGCAUCCAGUAGCACUUGUUAUGAAUAAUGGUGAUGAUGAUAAUGAUAAUAAUGAACUAUCAAGAGCUUCAGUGAAUCCCAGUUCUGCAUUAGAAGCUUGGAACUCAUCUCUUGAUUUAUUACAUGACGAGAAUCCAAGAACUCGAAUGAUGUUUUGUAAAUGUUUAAACCAAUUUUUACAACACCUUCCUUCUAAAGCAAACCCAUCAGAUAAACAUAAGACACAUACAAUGAUUUUGAAACAGGAUGCUUUGUUUAUUGAUCGACUGUUGAAUGCAAUGUUAAACUGGGUCUUGAUUUCUGACUUUAAUACAACUGAUUUACGAUUCUUUUAUAUAACUUUAUGUAUACUUGUUCGUAAAUUUGACAUAGAUGCUAUGAUCUUGAUUGUCCCAUUCGUCUUUAAGGUACAGCAAUUAAUCCAGGAAAAUCAAAUCACAUUCACAGUAAGGCAAUACGCUAUUGAAUCGAGUUUAAUAGCAUGGUUUAUCAUGAUUGCUCAUUUUUAUCAUGUUGAAUCAUUGUUGGAUUACAUGAAUAGACUUCAAGAAAAACGUAAUUUCGAUGCAAACGAAGACUUAAUAUUAACAGAAACUAUAAAUGAAGCAGAGUUGGCUAAAAAUGAGCUUGAAUUAUUUUCAAUUCAUGUCGAGUCCAAGUCAAAUAAUGUAUGGAUAGAUCGCAAUAAAGUUGUAGAAUUGCUUUCCAAAGAAGAAACCUUGCGUGAUGAAACAGAUAGAGAUGAAUCAGAGAUAGAAGCCAAAUUAUUGACUGAAUGGGGUGCACAUCAUAUUAUUAGAAAUAAUCAAAGUGUACGAUCAAGGUUAUUAUAUGAAACGAAUGAGUCUAAACCAAAGCUGUCAAGUCCAUGGGAACAUACUAAUGAUGAGCUUCAUUCACUUAAUUUAGAGGAUAAAAAACAUAAUAUACGUGUCGCUAAUUUGAAAGAAGCCCUUACUGCAGGACAGUCGGUUAUAACAGAUGAUGUAGAUACUGAUUCUUCGACUCAAAGUAAUUCAUUCUCAUUACACCAAUCACCUAUUACGACAAAGUCAAAGACAGAAGUGAAUGCUUUAUUAACAGAAUUGAAUCUAUUUCAUAUUGAGGCACCGAGUAAUAUAUCUCUAGUUAAUCCUCCAUAUAAAUCUACUUGAAGAAUGAUGACUCUGUAUAUAACUUCCCUUACUACUACCUAUUUAAUAUAAAUUCUUUAAACGUAAGUAUCAGAUUUAGGUCUAUUUUAAUGAAAAGGGAAGUGAAUUCUCCUAACUCCCCCUCUAAGUCAUUGUAAAUAUCUUUUUUUAAACUUAACAAUAUAUGCAUUCUUAAUUAAUAUAUAUACUCUUUCCGACUUGUGAGUAUGAAUAUAUUCUAUACAUGCAUGCUAUUAUACCGUCCCAUUUGUUCUUUAUUAAAAGAGAAAGAGAGAUUGUAUCUAUACUAGCAAGAUAUAAAAGAGGAAGGAGCUAUUCGAGAAUAUUAGUAGUUUAAAAUCCCGAUGAAGUGGUCGUUUAUUAUAUCCUAUUUCCCAAAACAGUCCAUCUCUCUCUCUCUCAUUUUGUUUAAAUUUUACUAAAGAUACAAUAACAUAAGGAUGUAUUGAUUUAUAACAAAGAAUAAAGUACACAAUAGGAA